CCAGACUGAUGUAUUUUACAAAACUAAAACUAAAAGGUGAUAAGAAAGUAUUCUCAAGUGGACCGGUUCUAAUUUUAAACCCGACUGAGUUUAGAACCGAGAAAUUUUAGUUUUGUUUCUACAACCGCUGGUGUAUCCACAUUCAACCAACGUGACAAAACAUGGUCGCACAGAAUGCAGAAAUUUAGGAGAACCGUCAGGGAUGUUCAGUUUCUUUCGACGUUCGAAAAAGGACAGCGAAAAGAAGGGGAAAGACAGGACAAUAGUGGCUCAACUUGACGAUACCUCAUUGCCAAAUAGUUCGUCUCAAUUCGGGCGGCGGAAAAAUGUCGCGAAUGCAGCAGCAAUUGAGCCCGCACUUGACGAAAAAAUCGACACAACGAAGUGCAAAAAUUUUGAAACCGAAGCUUCAGUCCAGCGCGCGCCACCGACCGUCUCCUACGCUAGCAUGCUAAAAAACGGUGAUAACAAUGUGAAAAGUUUGUUCGUGAAGCCUUGCGGACACGGCAACACCGCAAUCUCGCCCAGGAUUCCCCUGGAGGCCAACGCUACACCGCCAACCAGCCCAGUUCUCGAGUUGAAGAAGUACUACACCGAAAAGGAAACCACCUCGAGGAAAAACUCGAAGGAUACCACACAUGAAGUUCCUCUUUUUGCCAACCUCAGGUUAAACCACGUUGCCUCGUCGCCUUCUUCCUCUACACCGUCGUCACCUGAUACCUGGAGCGAGUGUAAAUCCCUAGAAAUCGAAAACUCCGAAACGAAAAAUCUUAUUAAUCAGGAGGCAAAAUACCAAAGUCAAUUAAAUGAUUUAUCAAAACAGCUGGCUCUUCGAGAUGCCGAAGCCAACAAAUUACGAUUCCAGAUGGACGAGCUCCAACGGGAUGUUUUUGCUAAAUCGGCAGGGAUUGAUCGUCUGGAAGCAGAACUGCAAGCUGCACACAAAGAAACAGAAUUGAUAAGGCAACGAAUAAGACAUUUGGAAAAUGAUCUGGAUAACUACAGGAGAAGAAACAAGGACCUGGAAGACGACAUAAUCGAAAAAGAAGAAAACUUUACGGAAUACGAAAGCAACGCAAAAUCGAAAAUCGAACAACUGGAAACCUUGGUGAACGAACUGCAGGAAAAAAUAAAAUCCCUCGAGUACCAGCUGAAAAUAUUGUCCGAAGAAAAGCGCAAACUGGACCAAAGGCAUGCGGAGCUGCUGGUGGAGCGGGAAAACGAGAAAAGAAAAGUGUCGGAGACGCUGGAACAAGCCAAGCUGCAGAAGCUCGAGAUCGAGAAGAAAUGGAAGACGGACUUCGAGCAACUAAGGACAGUAAACAUCUUGAAAGAGCAGCAACUCUUGGACGACUUCGAGUGGAAGUUGAGGGAGGUGCAACAAACUUGCAAGAAAAGGUUGGAAGAUAAGGAUAAGGUUAUUGAAGAGAGGUUGCUUGAGGCGUACAAGGAUGCCGAGAAAAAAAUGAAGCAAGCCGAGGAGCUCAUGGCACAGAUGGAAAACGUGAAAACCUACGAAAUCCAAAUAGAAGAACUGAAAGACCUGACGCAAGACCAGGAAAGAAACUUGAAGGAGAUGCGCGAGCAGCACGACCAGAUGAAAGAAACCGAGGACGGCCUGAGAAACGAAACCAAAAAGCUUCGAAACAUGAUAGAACUGGAAAAGGAGAAUCUUCAGCACAUGCAACGGAUACACCACCAGGAGAUACUCGACAAGGAGAGGACGUUGAAGCAAACUCUGAACUCGAAGAGGAUCGAGAUAGCUGUUUACUGGGAGGAGAGACUGCUGAGGGAGUGCGGAAGACUGAAAAACGAACUGGAGCAAAUUCACGAUGAGGAGAAGUUCCUCGCCAUGGAGACGGCCAGGAAGGAAAAGGACGAGGAGAUGGCUAACAAUAAGAAGGAAUGGGACAGGAAGUUGAGAGACUGCUUGAAAGAAAUAAAUCUUUUAAAGAGAUCUCUGACAGAAAAAGAUAGUUACUACCAAGAAGAAAUCGUAAGAUCGCAAACAUCCACAGAUAGAGAUAUAAUGGAACUGAGACGUCUCAUGGAUAAAAUUGAUAUGAUGCAUCACGAAAAGUAUGAAAAAUUGGUAAACGAACAUGAUGAAGAAAUAGAACGUAUAAACGAAGAACACGUAAAGAAAAUUCACGAGGUGGAACUGUACUGGCAAAAUCAGUUAGCAGCUUUAAGAUCGACAUUAGAAUCGGCCAAAGAGCAAAUGGAACAAGAAUCUGAACAAAAAAUAGACAGCAUAAUUCACCAACAUAGAACUGAUUUAGAUUCUCAAUGGGAAAACUUAAUCCACCAAAAAGACGAGUCGAUUCGUCUGAUGGAAGAGGAAUACGUAUCGAAAUACAAAACUUUGGAAGAACAAUGUCAAAUUCAGCAAAAAUCUCACUCAUCAAGGGAAAUAGAACUGCUGAAAACCAUUGACAGUUUAAAGAACGAAUUGCAAAGUAAAAGUUUGACGAUCGACGAUUUGCAGAAUAACGUUGAAACGUUGGAGGGAGGAGUGCAAGUACUCAACAACGAGAUCGCCCAGCAAGGGGACCAAUCGUCUAGGUCCAGAAAAGAGUCUGAGGCCAAAAUAAGAGGUCUUCAAGAAACGGUGGCCAAGCUUAUGGAACAGCAGGAAAAAGAACGGGAGCAGUACAGGAUGAAGUUCUUCGGCAAUCACAAGCAAAACCAGGAGACCAUCGAUCAUCUGCAGAGGAAGUGUCAAUGCCUAACUAAACUAUUCGAAGAAGUAAGGCAAAGAUAUGAACGCAGAGAAUCCCGCCUUGAAGAUCUGAACAAAAUCUCCGACCUAAAGCAAGUAAUCGCGGAGCAAGAAAAGGACCUAGCGUGCAUAAACGAAGAAAAGCGAUACUUCCAGAUGAGACUGAUGUCGUUGGAAAAGCAACUGGAAGAGAACGCCUCCUUCGACUCCGAAUACGACGACCCGGAGGUGGUGAAGGAACUGGAAAGCCGCUACCAGGUCCAGGAGCCUUCCAGUCCCGAAGACGUGACCCAAAAUGGUUGUACUGCCCCCCAGCUGAUGUUUUCCACGCAAUUAAGCAUACCGAAUUCCGUGUCGAUCCCCCCCACGAUUGUUGAAUGUGAUGAAUAAGUUUUUUAUUUUUACGUAUUUCGUUUGUUAUACUUGUUACGUGGAUGUACGUUUCUUAUGUAAAUAUACCAAGUCAAAUGAA